AUGACCUUCGAGGGGAAAAUCGGUUAUGUUGUUAUGUUCCACAGGAGCCUUUGUUCUUCUGCUGGGGAUGAACAGCUAUGGGCCUUCGUGACGGUGGGACUGCGUCUGGGGGCCAUCUGCUGGAAGACUGCGACGGAGCAUUUGCACAGCCCGACAAGUGUAACAGCUGACGCCGAAGACCAUUCCCGGGGGGCGUUUCGCUGCCCCGGGUCAGGUCUUCGGCUGCACCGUCCGGCGCUCUCACCACCGAGGGGCAGCGUGGUGUCCACCCGGCAGGAGGACGGCCGCAAAGCUGUUUGGCCACCGGACCUUCCUGGCUGGCCGUGUGCGGGGGUCAGGCACCGCCAGGCACCGCCGUCUCCGCCCGCUGUCCGGCUCCCGGUCGGGCCGCGGCGCCCUUUCGCUGCUCAUUUCCAGGGGCGGCGGCAAAGCUCCUCCCGCGGUGGCCAGAGCCAGGAGGAGGGCAGCGGCGGAGCCUGUGCGCCCUUCUUGCCGAGCUUGAGGGCGGGAGUGCUGACCGGGCCGGGGCGGCUCGCGGCCCCGCCGGAGUGCCGGGGAGCGGAGCGGAGCGGAGCGUUGCGUCCAGGGGGGAAGGCGCGGGGAGAGAGGCCGCGAGGGAAGCGCCGUACUUUCCCCCUGCAAGCUCCCGGGGAGCGAGUGAAGCAGGCGCGCGGCCUCUGGGGGCCCGCCGCUUUCGAUCCCAGACCCGACGCCCUCCGCCUCGGGGUCUCCUCGCUCACUCCCCUUCCAGAACGGGGGAACUCGGGGCUGCCGGGCAACUUCGGGCGAGCGAACAGCCGGAGCUGCAGCUCGGAAGCCGGAAAGGAAGGAGGCCGGAGGCUGCCUGGGGAGAAGUUGGUCCCGGCCUCAUCCCGCACCACGAGGAACGCCGCCGCCGCCGCCGGAACAACAGCGGCGCUCCGUCUCUUCCUCUGCCCUUCUGGGAGGACGAGCCCGUCUCCUCGCCCCGAGAGGUGCCUUUCCCGCCUUUCCCUGACGCUUGAGAGGGAGUUGACAGCAAGCAAGAACAUAUCUGGGUGACAGGGCAUUAAAGGGAACAAUAGAAGUUCUGGUUACCAUGGUUUUCCCCUGCUAGUCCUAAGGCUGCUAGAUGAAACCAGGCUCCCUUUAUUAAAGAAAAGGCAAAUCAUUAAAGAUAUCCCAACAACAACAGGUCUUCCCUUGUGUUAGAACACUCUUCUGCAAACAUCCUCCUUUGUCAUGCGUUAGACAACAGGGAAGAUUUCCCCACUGUAUGCAACUCCUUAAUUAUCAGCAGGGCGAGUAAUAUUGAUCCAUUGUCAUGACCCCGUUGCAAGGCACAAAGAGCCUCACAAUGUGGAUCAUGAUCAUUAAGAAAGAGAGGAAGCAGAUAAUCAAAUCAACACUUAAACCGAGCACCCAAAGCACCCACACCCAUGGACUCAUAUGCAGAUGAAUAGAAGGACUUCAGAUAAGCAGCGAUAAGCCGCACCUGGUGCCCUGGAGGACACACCUGAACCAGGAGGACAAGGACAGCAACCGGGAAAACACCCACACAGCCAUCAAGAAACCCAUCAAGGGGAAUGGGGACAAUGGAGGGUGGAGAAGCACGGGACCCCACAAGAGGGGUAUAAACAGGACACCUCACCACCGCACCCCCAUUUCCAUUUUUCUCUCUGUCAGUACUGUUUCAAUAAACCGGAAAUCCUUAAUCCCUA